CUGUCAGGAUAACACUCUCAGUUUUGGUUUUCGUAGGGUAUUGUUAUAAGGAUGCCGUUAAACCUGCAAUACAAGGUAAAGAAGAAAAUACUUUCAUGAAGGCGCCAGGAAUUUUAGAGCUUGAAGAGACAAAGAAUGUGCCACCUAAACUUGCGCCAAUAUUAUAUAUUAUAUCAUUGCUACCGAACUUAGAUAAUACAUUUAAUGGAACAAUUUCUAUUAUUGAAGUUAAUGUUACUAAAGAAUGCAAAUAUAUUGAAUUGCACACCUUAAAACUAAAUGUAACAAGUUAUGUCAUUAAAGACAGUCUUAAGGAAAUGAGCUGUGACGGACCUCCAAAAUACUCAGCAGUAUUAAAAAACUGUCUUCUACAAAUUUAGUUAAUGCAAUUUCAAUAUAUUUAUAAAAAUGAAACAAUCACUUUCAACCUUAAGCAAAUGCUUAAGCCCGGAAUCUACGUAAUGUUCUUAUCUUACCAAGGUGAGAUAAAUGAGGUGGUGGGUUUAGCUAAACGAGAGGGAGGGUUUGUAAAAUUAGGAUACCAACUAAAAGAUGAAGAAUAGAAGUAUUUUUACGGUUCCAGGUUCGAACCAAGAUAUGCACGCAAAGUUUUUCGCUUGUUUUGAUGUGCCAUCUCUGAAAGCGCAACUGGUGCAACAGUCCUUAUCACUUUUAUACUCCAUUUUUUUUUCGACUUUUGCGAACGCUUAGCAAAUCAAGCACAGACCAAAUACACAAUUAUUUAUUCAUUUAUAUAGCAUAGACUUGCUACUGGCUUGCUUUCCCAAUCAGUCGCUCCAUAAUCAUACCUUUAUUAAGUGAGAUCGUGGAAGCUACCACCUUUUUUAAAGAGUUACUAUACUUUUAACAAGAUAGGGGGAGACAUUAUCAUCAAUACUUAGCAUAAAACAGCAAUGGCCCAUAUUUUAUGCCUAGUUGAAUUUUAGUGCCAUUAAAGAUUAAUUAAGGGAGAGCUAUAGACUUAACCAUAUUUCCCCUCAGAUGGGUCUAAGAAAUUCUUAGGUCGUAAGUACUUGUACAAGCCAGAGUUACCAAAAAGUUUAAAGAAAUUAGCGUUGAUUCUGUAGUUCAUGUGCACCAAUGCCAAUCUUAACGUAAAGCAGAAAGUGCGUAAGCUUUUAAAAAAAUAUGAAUAUGUAAACUUUUUGCUUAGAGGACCGUUUAGUUUUAUAAUGAACCACAAAAAAGUUACUUUUCCGGAUUUGCAAUCACCUAAAGGAUUUCGCUAUGGAAUAGUGAGGACGCGUUGGAAUGAAACUAUCGUUAGCUCUCUUACUGAAGGAUGUAUUAGUUCUUUGAGGAAAUGUGGCGUUCAGGAGUCUGAUAUUGUAGUGUAUUACGUGCCUGGUUCUUUUGAGCUCCCUCUUGGCGCACAAACUUUAAUUAAAAAAAAUAUUGUGAACGCAGUAAUUUGCAUAGGAGUUCUAAUUAAAGGUGAAACCCAUCAUUACGAGUAUAUAUCUGAAGCGGUUUCUUGCGGCAUCAUGCGCGUUGGAAUAAAAACUGGAAUUCCCGUGAUAUUUGGUGUACUUACGUGUAUUACUAGUGAGCAAGCUGAGACUAGAGCAGGCUUGCGCGAGAAUUGUGGCGUCAACCACGGGAUCGACUGGGGAAUUUCGGCUGUUGAGAUGGCUAUACUCUGCAAUCCGCAAAGAUUAUAG